AUGUUCUGGCUUUUUAAAGGGGCUGCUGACCAUGGGAAGUUGGUUUUGGGAUGUAAAAGAAAGCUUAAAACCUUAGCAUCAAUGGCGGUUUCCCCUUUCAGGAAUCUCACUUGGCAAAAUCUGGUCCAAACAGAAAAAAAGAAAACAAUGCUCCGUGUAAUAUGCAGUAGGAGAGGUGACCCAAUUUUCCCGCCAAUUAUGAAAUUCUCAUCUGCCGAUCACCGGAAACAGAAAAUGGACGGGAUGGAAGCGGAGCCGCCGGCGAAGAAUCGGAAGAGCAAGAAGAAGAGGAUCGGGCUGGGGAUCUCCUGCAUGCUCAACACGGAGGUCGCCUCCGUCCUCGCCGUGCUCCGCCGCCCGCCGCCGGACCCCAUGGCGGCACAAUUCCUCUCCCAGGAGGAAAGCUACGACACCGCGCUCGUCCACACGUUCAAAUCCCUCCGAACCCUGGUCUUCAACCCGCCGCAGGACUGGCAGACCAUGGACCCGGCGGUCUACCUCACCCCGUUCCUCGACGUGAUCCAGUCCGACGACAUCCCCGCGGCGGCCACCACCAUCGCCCUCUACUCCGUCCUCAAGAUCCUCAACGUCGGGAUCUUCGACGAGCGCACCACGGGGGCCAGGGACGCGAUCAACUCCGUCGUGAUGGGGAUCACCGGCUGCCGCCUCGAGCGGACCGACCCUGUCUCCGAGGACGCCGUCAUGAUGCGGAUCCUGCAGAUCCUGACGGCGAUCAUGAGGCACCAGGCCGCCGUCCUGCUCACCGACCAGGCCGUCUGCACCGUCGUCAACGCCUGCUUCCAGGUCGUCCAGCAGUCCGCGAGCCGCGGCGACCUGCUGCAGCGGAGCGCGAGGUACACGAUGCACGAAUUGGUGCGGAUGAUCUUCGCCAAGCUGCAGGACAUCGAGGUGAGCCCCGACCAGGAGUCGGAGACGGACAUCGACGACGCCGAUUUCGACGGGAACUUGGACUCCGGGUAUGGGAUCCGGUGCGCCGUGGAUAUCUUCCAUUUCCUCUGCUCGCUGCUCAAUGUCGUGGAAGUUGUGGAGAGCGAAGGGAAUCUGUACAGGACUUCGGAUGAGGAUGUUCAGCUUUUCGCCCUGGUUCUGAUCAAUUCGGCGAUCGAGCUGAGUGGAGACGCCAUUGGCGAUCAUCCCAAGCUCCUGAGGAUGAUCCAGGACGAUCUGUUCCAUCAUUUGGUUCAUUAUGGAACUUCUUCCAGCCCGCUCGUUUUGUCCAUGAUCUGCAGCACUGUAUUGAACAUUUACCAUUUCCUUCGCAGGUUUGUUCGACUGCAGUUGGAAGCCUUCUUCAAGUUCGUGCUACUACGAGUGGCAUCAGCUGGAAUCUCAACUCAGCUUCAGGAAGUGGCGAUCGAAGGAAUCAUCGACUUCUGCAGGCAACCGACCUUCAUCAUCGAAGCAUACGUGAACUACGACUGCGACCCACUCUGCAUCAACGUGUUCGAGGAAACCGCGAAGCUGCUCUGCAAGCUCUCGUUCCCGGGGGCCAGCCCGUCCCCAUCACUGCAAGCUCAAGCCUUCGAAGGUCUCGUCGGAAUCAUCCACAACAUCGCGGAGAACAUCAACCGAGAAGGCGAUUCGACCCCUUCGGGUCCCUACCCGGUUCACCUGACGGAGUACAGCAAGUUCUGGAUGGACAAGCCGCUCGACGGCAGCGAAGCUUCCAUAUCGUACCUCCGAACGAGGAAAGCUCAGAAGCGGAAGCUCCUGAUCGCCGGAAACCAUUACACUCGAGACGACAAGAAAGGGCUUGAGUAUCUCCGGUUAAGCCUGAUGUUCCCCGACCCACCGGACCCGAGAGAUUACGCCUUCUUCUUCCGGUUCACCCCCGGGUUGGACAAGACCAUGAUCGGAGAUUACCUCGGCGAUCCUGAUGAAUUCCACAUUCAAGUUCUCAAGGAGUUCACCUGUACAUUUGAAUUCUCCGGGAUGAUCCUCGACACGGCUCUUCGGACCUACCUGGCCACUUUCAGGCUCCCCGGAGAGUCGCAGAAGAUCCAGAGGAUUCUCGAGGCCUUCUCCGAGCAAUUCUACGAACAGCAGCCUUCCGACAUCUUCGCCGGGAAAGAUGCCGUCUUUGUCCUCUGUUACUCCCUAAUCAUGCUCAACACCGACCAGCACAACCAUCAAGUGAAGAAGAAGAUGACGGAGGAAGAGUUCAUUCGGAACAACAGAGCGAUCAACGCCGGCCAGGAUCUGCCGAGGGAGUACUUGUCGGAGCUUUUCCAGUCCAUCGCCAGCAAGGCGAUCUCGCUCUUCGGUCAGACCGGUCAGCCGGAGAUGAACCCGGGGUUAUGGGUCGAGCUGAUGGGCGCUUCUAAGUUGCUUCAACCAUUCCAUCUCUGUGAUUUCGACCGCCGGCUGGGGCGGGACAUGUUCUCCUCCGUCGCCGGCCCGGCGGUGGCGGCUCUCACGGCUUUCUUCGAACAGUCCGACGAGGACGAGAUGUUCCACGAGUGCGUCGAGACGCUGAUCUCCGUCGCCAGAAUUGCUCAGUACGGGCUGGAAGACACUCUCGACGAGAUGAUCGCCUCGCUCUGCAAAUGCUCAACUCUGCUGAACCCUUACGCCUCGUCGGAAGAGACUCUGUUCGCGUUCAGCCACGACCUGAAACCCAGAAUGGCCGUGCUCGCAGUGUUCAGCAUCGCGAACAAUUUCGGAAGCGCGAUUCAUGGAGCAUGGAGGCCGAUCUUGGACUGCCUGUUGAAGCUGAAGAAGCUCAAGCUUCUUCCACCGUCGGUGAUCGAGCUCGACAGCUCGUUCUCCGAUUCGGAACAGUCUCGAAACGACGGAAGCGGUGGCAGCGGCGGAGGAGUAAUUUUCCCUUCUUCUUCCUCUCAAGAUCAGAGAUCGCGGCAGCAGAGCUCCACCUCCAUGAUCAGCAAAUUCACGCACUUUCUCUCCCUAGACAGCAUGGAGGAAUCGUUACAACUCGGGCUGAACGAAUUCGAGCAGAACCAGAAGGUAAUCAAGCAAUGCCAAAUCGGGAGCAUUUUCACCAACAGCUGGAACUUGUCCGACGAGACUCUGCUCUACCUCGGCCGCUCUCUAAUCUUCGCCUCGGCGGGGAAAGGUCAGAAAUUCGCUACUCCAGUCGAGGAAGAAGAAACCAUCGAGUUCUGCUGGGAUCUAAUCGCUGCCCUCUCCUUCGCCAACAUCAACAGAUUGCAAAACUUCUGGCCAGCAUACCACGAAAAUCUGCUCGAAGUGAUCCACUUCCCUCUGUUUUCACCAAUCCCAUUUGCAGAGAAGGUGAUCAUCGCCCUCUUCAGAAUCUGCCUGAAGCUCUUGUCCUCGGCGAGAAUCGACAAGCUCCCAGAAGAGCUCAUCUUCAAGUCCAUCAACCUGAUGUGGACGAUCGACAAGCAGAUUCUCGACACGUGUUGCGAAUCGAUCACCAAGUCCGUCAGCAAGAUUCUGUUCGAGUACCCAGCCAACUUACAGAGCUUUCUGGGCUGGAAGUCGGUGCUGCAUUUGUUAUCGAUCUCUGGUCGCCAUCUCGAGACGUACGAUCAGGGGGUCGAGACGUUGAUCAUGUUGAUCUCCGACCAAACCCAUGUGUCCAGGACGAAUUAUGCAUUCUGCAUCGACUGUGCAUUUGGGUUCGUCGCCCUGAAGAACAGCCCCCUGGAGAAAAACGUGAAGAUUCUCGACCUGUUAGCCGAAUCAGUCACAUUGCUAAUCGACUGGUACAAGAACUACUCCGACCCGGGGAGUAGCGCCAAUUUCAGCACAGCAAGCACGGGGAGCAACCCUGACAUCAGCCCGUCCACGUUCUCAAUCAACCUGUUCAUAAAGCUGGGAGAGGCGUUCAGGAAGACCAGCCUGGCGAGGCGGGAGGAGAUAAGGAACCAUGCCAUCAAGUCUCUGCAGAAGAGCUUCGAGCUGGCCCAGGAGCUGGACUUUUCGCCUGCCAACUGCUUGAACUGUUUCAACCUUGUGGUGUUUGCGAUGGUGGACGACUUGCACGAGAAGAUGAUCGAGUACUCGAGGCGAGAAGGGGCGGAGAGGGAAGUGAGGAGCAUGGAAGGGACGUUGAUGCUGGCGAUGGAGCUCUUGACCGAUGUCUAUCUGCAGUUUUUGAAGCAGAUUGCGGCGAGCCCUGGGUUCAGGACCUUCUGGCUCGGCGUGUUGAGGAGGAUGGAUACUUGUAUGAAGGCUGAUCUUGGGGUGUAUGGGGAGACCAAGCUGCAGGAGGUGAUUCCAGGGUUCUUGAAGAAGAUGAUUACGAGGAUGAAAGGAGACGAGGUUUUGGUUCAGAAGGAAGAUGAUGAUCUGUUUGAGAUUACCUAUAUUCAGAUACAGUGGAUUGCCCCUUCUCUCAAGGAGGAAUUGUUUCCUGAGUUGGAGAUUUAGAGGGCCAGUUUUUUUUGUGGUUUUUAGGUAGGAAAUUUUGGUCAAUUCUUUUGUUCUUCUGUGUAAUUUAUAGAGCAAAAAUAGAUGAGUUGUGGCACACUGGUACUAGUUUGGCUAACUGGAAUGAGCGUGUAAUUGUUGUCAAAUUCAAAUGGAUAUGUAUCUAAUUGAAAAGUGAAAUGAAUGUAAUACGAUUGAAUGAAUUUUUGAUCUGAUUACAAUCCUCCUAUUUUU